UACGCGUCUCUUGCGCUUACGCGCCGUGUGCUGGGGACCUAAGUGUCUCUCUAAAGCAAAGUACAGUCGGCAAUAACGUCUUGUAAUUACUAUUUUAGGCCCCUCCGGUGCCCGUAUUGUAUCCGGCUGGGAGGCCGCAGAGGGCCAGAUCCCUUGGCAGCUCUCCUUGCGAAUGGUGAACCCGACCGGAGCUGUGUCUUCUUGCGGUGGCUCCAUAAUCCAUCCUGAAUGGGGUUUAACUGCCGCUCACUGCACUGCAACCCGCGUCACCAUGGUGCUUCGCGCCGGCGCAGUCAGCCUGUGGCGUCCGGAGCUCAUCUUCGAGACUUUCGAGUAUUUCAAUCAUCCCCUGUAUAUUGAUGCCCUGCAGUCCAUCGUGCAGCCUCAUGACAUCGCCAUACUGAAGUUCCAACGUACCAUCACCUUCUCUGACCGUGUGCAGCCCAUCCGUGUCCAGAACUCUCUCGACAAGAACCGCGACUACAAUGGUGUGAGGCUUGAAGCUUCUGGCUGGGGGCGCACUUGGACCAACGGAGCUACUCCCGAGAACUUGCAGUGGGUGUACCUGUCCGGAGACUCGAACGAGCGCUGCCGGUCUGCGUACGGCGGGAGCUCCAUAAUCGUAGACUCCACCAUCUGCGCCAGUGCCUACAAUGUCACCAGUCAGUCUACUUGUCAGGGUGACAGUGGCGGCCCUCUCGUCGAGUUGGAAGAAGACGGCAAAUACACGCUGAUCGGAGUCACCUCCUUCGUGUCAGCUCUCGGCUGCCAUGCUGACAUGCCUGCCGGUUUCAUUCGUCCCGGACACUACCACGAUUGGAUUACCGACGUGACUGGUAUCAACUUCGACUGGGUCCCUGAACCGCCCACCGACUCCAGUGAGUCCAAAUCUAGCGAGUCCAGCUCUAGCGAGUCUAAAUCCAGCGAUUCCAGCUCGAGUGAGUCUAAAUCCAGUGAGUCCAGCUCAAGUGAGUCUAAAUCCAGUGAGUCUAAGGAGUCUUCUGAAUCUAAGGAAACCUCUGAGAGCAUAUCCAAGGAGACAUCUGAGUCAGAAUCUAAGGAAACCAAUGAGACCGAAUCUAAGGAAACUACUGAAACCGAAUCUAAGGAGACUAAUGAGUCAGAAUCUAACGAUACCAAUGAGUCAGAAUCUAAUGAAACCCAAGAAACCAUAGAAAGUGAAUCUAAGGAAACCUCUGAUGAAGAAUCCAAGGAAUCCGCUGAGACAGAGUCUAAGGAAACCACGGAGACUGAGUCUAAGGAGACCGCUGAAGCAGAAUCUAAUGAGAAGGAAACCUCUGAGGCCGAAUCCAGAGAAACCACUGAGACCGAAUCAAAGGAAACCACGGAGACAGAAUCCAAUGAGACCGCUGAAGCAGAAUCAGAGGAGACGUCUGAGGCCGUAUCCCAGGAAACAGUAGAAACGGAAUCUAAUGAAACUGUUGAGGCGGAAUCUAAUGAAACCAUUGAGGCCGAAUCUAAUGAAACCGUUGAGACCGAAUCUAAGGAGACCACUGAGGCCGAAUCUGAGGAAACCACUGAGACCGAAUCAAAGGAAACUACGGAGACAGAAUCCAAUGAGACAGCUGAAGCAGAAUCCAAAGAAACGUCUGAGACCGUAUCCCAGGAAACAGUAGAAACGGAAUCUAAGGAAACAGUUGAGGCCGAAUCUAAUGAAACCGUUGAAGCUGAUUCUAAUGAAACUGUUGAGACCGAAUCUAAGGAGACCACUGAGGCCGAAUCUGAGGAAACCACUGAGACCGAAUCAAAGGAAACUACGGAGACCGAAUCCAAUGAAACAUCCGAGGCCGUAUCCCAGGAAACAGUAGAAACGGAAUCUAAGGAAACAGUUGAGGCCGAAUCUAAUGAAACCGUUGAAGCUGAUUCUAAUGAAACCGUUGAGGCCGAAUCUAAUGAAACUGUUGAGGCCGAAUCUAAGGAGACCACUGAGGCCGAAUCUGCGGAAACAACUGAAGAAACUAGUGAGGAAGCACAGUCUCGCCUUUUCUGGUCCGUUUUCCGCAGUGCCUCGUUGAGUGUCUUUGGAAAAUAAUAAAUUAAAGAAAAGUAGAAUUUAAUAAAAUGAAUAAAGUUAUUUUGGAAUAAAU